AUGAACGCCAGCGGCCGGGGCUUCCCGCUCGCCUCGCUCUACGUGGGCGACCUGCACCCCGACGUGACCGAGGCUAUGCUGUACGAGAAGUUCUCGCCCACCGGGCCCAUCCUGUCCAUCCGCGUGUGCCGCGACGUGGCCACCCGCCGCUCGCUGGGCUAUGCCUACGUCAACUUCCAGCAGCCGGCCGACGCGGAGCGGGCACUGGACACAAUGAACUUUGAGGUGAUCAAAGGCCAGCCCAUUCGAAUCAUGUGGUCCCAGCGAGACCCAGGACUUCGAAAGUCGGGUGUGGGCAACAUCUUCAUCAAGAACCUGGAGGAGUCCAUUGAUAACAAGGCCUUAUACGACACCUUCUCCACCUUUGGGAACAUCCUGUCUUGCAAGGUGGUGUGUGAUGAUCACGGCUCCCGAGGCUUUGGCUUUGUCCAUUUCGAGACCCAUGAGGCUGCGCAGCAGGCCAUCAGCAUCAUGAAUGGGAUGCUGCUAAAUGACCGAAAAGUCUUCGUUAGCCACUUCAAGUCCCGGCAGGAGCGGGAGGCUGAGCUGGGGGCUCGGGCCAUGGAGUUCACCAACAUCUACGUGAAGAACCUCCGAGUGGACAUAGAUGAGCAGGGGCUGGAGGAGCUCUUCUCCCAGUUUGGGAAGAUGCUGAGUGUGAAGGUGAUGAGGGACGACAGCGGCCGCUCCCGAGGCUUUGGCUUUGUCAACUUUGAGAAGCAUGAGGAAGCCCAGAAGGCUGUGAUGGACAUGAAUGGGAAGGAGGUGAGCGGGCGUCUGCUCUAUGUGGGCCGGGCCCAGAAGCGGGCGGAGAGGCAGAAUGAGCUUAAACGAAGGUUCCAGCAGAUGAAGCAGGACCGGCUGAGUCGUUACCAGGGUGUGAACCUGUAUGUGAAGAACCUGGACGACUCCAUUGACAAUGAGAGACUGAGGAAAGAGUUCUCUCCCUAUGGAGUGAUCACCAGUGCCAAGGUGAUGACAGAGGGUGGCCACAGCAAAGGGUUUGGCUUUGUGUGUUUUUCCUCUCCAGAAGAGGCAACGAAGGCCGUCACAGAGAUGAACGGGUGCAUCCUGGGCACCAAGCCGCUGUACGUGGCGCUGGCCCAGCGCAAAGAGGAACGGAAGGCCAUCUUGACCAACCGGUUCAUGCAGCAGCGCUUCUCGGCCAUGCGGGCCCUGGGCGGCCCCCUCUUGGGCUCCUUCCAGCAGCCUGCCAGCUACUUCCUGCCCAGCGUGCCCCAGCCUCCAGCCCAGGCUACAUACUAUGGCUCUGGCCCAUCUGUCCAGCCUGCCCCCAGGUGGACGGCUCAGCCACCUAGAUCCUCGUCCACUUACCCUGCAGCUGCCUCAGUGGCCUGGCCACCAGCCACGUCUCCGCGCUCCCUGGCCCACAUCAGCAGUGUCAGGAAGGUCUGCACCCAGGUGCCACACUGGGUGCCCCACACCCAAAGAGUGGCCAACAUUGGUACCCAGACCACUGGACCUGGUGAGGCAGGAUGCUGUACAGCAAGCGGGCCUCUCCUGACACACAGAUAUUCCUUGGGAACGCCCAACACCCACGAGGUCCAGGAGCCUGCUGUGUGCCUCCCUGGACAGGAGCCCCUGACCGCAUCCAUGCUGGCCGCAGCACCACUGCACAAGCAAAAGCAGAUGAUUGGUGAGCGUCUCUACCCCCUUAUCUACGAUGCCCACACGCAGCUGGCUGGCAAGAUCACGGGCAUGCUGCUGGAGAUCGACAACUCGGAACUGCUGCUCAUGCUGGAGUCUCCGGAGUCUCUCAAUGCCAAGGUAGAAGAGGCGUUGGCAGUGUUGCAGGCUCACCAGGCCAUGGAGUAGGAGCAGACGAAAGUGGAGGCGACUGGAACCAGAAAGUGGAAUCCUCACUCCCUCGGCUGACAAGAGAAC